AUGGUCCGAAUACAGAUCAUGUCAGACCUCCACUUGGAGCUCGACGAGGCUUAUGGACAUUUCAAUAUCCCUCCGGAAGCCCCGUAUCUAGCACUUCUAGGAGAUCUCGGCAACUUCGCCUUCCACGGUACGCAAUACACGGAAUUCAUCGAGCGCCAUCUCCUCCAGUUCAAAGCCAUCUUCUACGAGGUGGCCAGAACAGCGGUCGAGCAGUUUUGCCAUAACGUACAAAUAAGAAGGAAAAUUCCAGGUUCGACAUUGGGGGAUUUCGUUUUCCUCGACAACAGCAGAUAUGACAUACUCAAUGAGAACGUUACUAUCCUCGGAGCAACGCUGUUCACUAAUCCACCUCGUGGUCAACGACACUGCACCGAUGCUUAUUAUCGAAACGAGAUACGGACCAACUACGAUGUUAGAAAACACAUGCUCGCCCAUUUCGAUACCAUGUCCUACUUAUCGCAUGAAGUUGCAGCACUUGCACACGAAGACCCUAGACGCUCUAUCAUCAUCCUCACACACCAUUGUCCGACCCUAAAUACCGAAGCUGUAGGGCAACCUCCCGUGGUAGAUCGUGGGGGCAUGAAGUAUCGAUACGCGUGCGACUUGACAAAGGAGCAUCCGUGGAUUGAAGCAGAUGCCGUAAAGCUGUGGGCCUUUGGCAGCACACACUAUAACUGCGAUUAUGUCGAUGAGAAGACAAGAAAGCGAGUCUAUAGCAAUCAAAGAGGAUAUCCUGGCGAAUGCCACGAUUUCCGUAUUUACGCAGUCGUUGAUAUCAGCGCAUACGAUGAUACAUAUGACGAUACCUCCGAACCAUUCCCUAGCUGUCGGAGUCCCCCCAUAAUCAAAGCUGAUUACCCGUACGACCCUAACCUUCAGCCUUAACAUCACCGUAUGACCUAGCGACGCCCUUAUCGUAGACUGUCGUGCGCUAGCGAUGUUUAUAUAUAGGUAUCCAUGUAUAACCUAGUAUAGCGUUAGCAGUCUAGAAUGUCUAUUGGCUGGAUCAAGAACACUGAAACUGACUAGUGAUAGGUGGAUAGAUAAUUCGUCAUUACGAAAUCACCAAGAGAAUACAUACAUGGGAAGUUUUUAGACGGGAGUUGGACGGGCUUUUACCUGGAAAUCCGUCAAGGCAUUACAUUCUCGUGUUGGAAAAAGAGGCCGUCAUAUC